AAACUUUGGAAAUAAUGGCGUCAGUUGAGAAAAGACCUCAUGUAAAAACAGAGAAGAUGGCUGAAUUCCUACGCAGCCAUGGGGAGAGUGGUAUAAGCCCCGCAAAGCUUCUUCAUUGUCCUUUGGAUGGUUGCAAUAAGGUGUUAACAAGCUCCCCUGGACUGAGAUAUCACAUGCGCACACACAACAGUGUCGAGAGACCAUAUGAAUGCCAUAGAUGUCAGAAAACGUUUAAAAGUGCCAAUGGUCUUAAAUAUCACUUGGAGAAGACAAAGUGUGAUGAUUCAAGUCCUUCACAUCAGAUGAAUUACAUCUCAGCCAAACCUAAAGCAGUGACCAACCUUAUAUCGCUAGAAUGCGAUGAAGAAGGACUACCAGAUUCUGAUUCUGAUCAAGAUUUACCAAAAAUGGACAGACAUCAUCUUUCACCUUCCCAUCUUCAUUAUGAUGUCAUAGAUGGCCCCACAGAAACUGUCACCACAGAGCCUUCAUCUCAUUUUCAUAUGUCUGGGGAUGUGGAAACGUUUCAUUAUGAUCCACAAACAUUUAGUGCCCUCAACUAUAAAAAACAUGAUGUAAAUGCUCAUAGUCAUAGCAGUCCAGUUGGUCCUGGCUUAGGAAGUCCCCAUAAUAUUCAGUCCCAGGAUAGUCAAAGUCAGGGGAGUCAUAACUGGCUUGAGGAACUAGCUGAAAUAGCCACUGGUCCCCAGAGUCCUUUAAUGCAGAGACAUGAAAGAGAACACCCUUUGGCCAAAACCCAGAGAAUCCAAGAAGAUAAUCCAGCAGUUUUUGAAAAGGCAGUUCAUUCAUAUGCCAAAUCACCAAAUACUCCAAUUAGACCAGAGAAAGUUCGAUCCAAAAUCAAAACUCCAUCUAAAACAUCUAGAAGCAUAAGCUUUGACACAAGUGAUACCCAUGUGACGUCCUCCUCCCCAUUUCCGACUGAUCCUGUUGACAAUGGUGACAAUUGCUGGCCCAGGGCAGUGUGGCAAUGCUUCAUUGCAGGAACCCAAAUCAGGUUCACUUCAGGACCUAAGACAGGAUGGCAGAAAGCUGAAGCUUUGGGAAACAGAGACAGACUUACAUCUUUAGCUUCACACAAGCCACCAGAUAAUUUUGCACCGGAUGGGUUACGUCUUCUCCAUAUUGAGGAAAAGUCAUGUGACUCAUCACCACGGGGGAUAUUAGAGUUACGCUUUACAACAGAUGUUGUUGGUUCUCCUGAAUUGAUCUCUGAGUGUGAUCUCGACCAUCCAUUUUACGUCAAAGACAAAGGUUGGUCUUCUUACUAUCCAAACAUCACUGUUGAGCAUUAUGGAAUACCUUGUUGUGAGUUGGAGCUGAACGAUGUGUGUCUACCUCCCGACCAUAGUGACACCAUCUAUACGCCAGAUGUAUUUAACAGCUUUAAAAGUUAUGAUUUUACUCCUGCUGAUUCAUCAGCUGUAUUUACAUUGAGCAGUAUGGCUAUGCAAAAACGAGACCAAGAGUUGAGUCCAUGUUCAACAUGUUCACCAGGAUCUCCUAGCAGAAAAUACAACAAAACCAAGCAUGACUCACUGAAAGCCAAACGACCAAUGAACGCAUUUAUGAUAUUUGCCAAAAAAUACCGCCUUGAAUAUACACAGCUUUACCCUGGCAAAGACAACAGGGCAAUAAGUGUGUUGCUAGGAGACAAAUGGAAGCGAAUGAAGACAGAAGAGAGGAAGGUAUUUGCAACAGAGGCAAAAGUUCUGGCUGAGCAUCAUAAAAAGAUCAAUCCAGAUUGCUGGAAAAGACGAAGGUCUAACUCAGGGAGUUUUAGUUAUGACACCUGAUAGAAGCUGUUAAAUUGAGAAGACAACAAUGUAAAGUCACAACGACAGAGAGUAAAAAAUCGCAAAUUAGGCAGCAUAUAAGUGUUCAACUUAUAAAGCAUUAAUAUAAUGUUUUAUAUAUACAGUAUCAUUGACUGGAUUGUAUUACUAUAUUUUAGUAUAGGACUUGAUUUAUAGAAUGGAUUUGUUUUUAGUACUUUAAAUGUUUAUUAUAUUAUUUUACACAAAAGGUUGUGAUAUUUGAAUACAUAUAACUGGUUAGAAUACAAUGUCUGAACACAUCAUUGUUGAUCCAUUGUUUGUGUAUUUUAAGAAUACAUACAUGUACAAGUUCUAUGUUAAUUUUCUGAUUCUGAUUCGUAGGGAUUUGUUAAGUGUUUGACAUUUUUGCCUGUUUCGUUGAAGACAAAGGCGAAAGAACUGUUCACAUAGUACUUUAAGGGAAUGUGCAAGAAUCAGAAUAAUAAAAUUGAACUUAACCUAAAAUAAUAUGAGACGAGUAUCUUUUUUAUUAGAUUUUUUCAUAUUGAUUAUUGUUAGAUUAACUGAAGAGAGGCCUCACUUGGUUCAAUGUAAAUCCAACCUUGCAUUUUGCAACAAUUAUGCAACCUUGCAACAUGUAGGUGUCCAUGUACAUGGAAGAUGCUCAUAUGAUUUAAUGUAAAUCCAUUUAUAUACAUAAUAUUAGGGUAGUGUUUGAAACACUGUUUGAAAUGUCUGUUCUUGGCCAUCGUGCCCUACAGACUGCAUUCUCCUUGGGGCUAAGUGUGUUCAAUACCUGUUAGUUAGGGUGAGUGGUUAUGGUUUAAUAGCUGUUCAGUGCUGUCUGAGCGGUUAAAAUGUGUCUGAAUGGGAGAGAGUGUCAUUAAGAUUGAUCAAGCAAAUUGAUCAAGCAAUAUGUAAAAUGUAACAUUGAUCAGAAGCAUAAUGUUUAAUUAAGAGAUUAAGAACAUUGCUCAGUAACACCGGUGUUUCUUCACAUCAUUACUAUAGUGCUCAAACCAGAAAUACAGUGUAUGUAGUAAUCUUAAAUAACAAAAAUUGUUAAUAAGUUAUUUUUUCCUUUGCUUUAUUAUCUGGACUGAUUUAUAACUUACAUUAUUAAUGGAAACAGAAUUGCUGGAAUUAAGACUAGUGAACAAAUGGUAUUUUAUUUGCUCACGAUGGUUGGAUGCAAAA